AUGAUCAAAACUUCCUCGAACAUUGUCAUCAUGGCCAUAGAUACAGACUCCAGCGUUGUUUGCAAAGCGCCAUUUGAAGUACCAGCUUGCGAAUUCUAUGAACGAAGCGCGCUUUUCCAUGGCGGAGAUAUGGUCAAGGUUAUUUUAGGGCCUUCCAAAGACGAGACGAACAACAAAGAACGAGUGGUAUCUCGCAGCCUUCUUUCCUAUUAUUCGAAAGUCUGUGAGGAGAAAUUCGAAUUGUUUCAAAGUAAAAGUGACGAAAGCUCUGUCAAUGCUAAUGAUCAACAUCACAAUGAUGCGGUACUGGAUUUGAAUGAGUGGGAUGUCGAGACUUUCGAUAUGGCACUCCAGUGGAUGUAUACUGGCAACGUCGUCGUCAAUAUCACGAAACCCAAACCUUUUGAAGUAAUACGAUUGUAUAUUCAAUUUUUCAAGAUUGCAAAGGCGUUAGACUUCCAGGGCUCUUACUCGAAUAUAGAAAAAAACCUCACGGCUGAACUUGCCGCCGCUUCAGAAGAAGAAUAUGAUGAAGAUGACUAG